GUUGUGGGCUUUCGUGGCCUUUGGGGGUGUGGCCGGACGUGUGGAUAAAGAGAUAGAAGAGGCGGCUGCCGCGGCAGAGCCGUCGUCCUCGCCCCUCCCCGUCCCCAGCGAAGCCAAGCCGGCACAAUGCCAGGCGCCGCCGUGGCCUCGCCUCUCCUCCUCUCGCUCUCCUCGUCCUCCUCCCCAUUCCUCUCUUCCCCAUCCACUUCCUUCCUGCCGCCCACUUCCUCCGCUGCCCCGCACUCCGCCGGCAGGACCAAGGCGGCGGUCUCCGUCCUCCGCGCGCUGCGGGCCGAGGCGGCCACCCUCCCCGUGCUCUCCUUCACUGGAGACAAGGUCGGGGAGGUCACCCUCGACCUCAAGUCCGCGCCGCCCUCCACCGCGCGCGCCGUCGUGCACCGCGCCAUCAUCACCGACCGCCAGAACGCGCGCCGGGGCACGGCCUCCACGCUCACCCGCGGCGAGGUCAGCGGCGGAGGGAGGAAGCCCUACCAGCAGAAGAAGACGGGGAAGGCGCGGCGCGGGUCGCAGCGCACCCCGCUCCGCCCAGGUGGUGGCGUCGUGUUCGGCCCCAAGCCCCGCGACUGGUCCAUCAAGAUCAACCGCAAGGAGAAGCGCCUCGCCAUCUCCACCGCGCUCGCCAGCGCCGCCGUGGCCGAGGACGCCUUCGUCGUCGAGGAGUUCGACGAGGCCUUCGCGUCAGGGCCCAAGACCAAGGACUUCGUGGCCGCUCUGCAGCGGUGGGGGCUCGACCCCAAGCAGAAGGCCAUGUUCUUUGCCACGGAGUUCGACGACAAUGUGCGGCUUAGCGGCAGGAACAUCGGUUCUCUCAAGAUGCUCACACCCAGGACGCUUAAUCUGUACGACAUCCUCGACGCCCGCAAGCUCUUCUUUACUCCUGCUGCCGUAGACUACCUCAACUCCAGGUAUGGAACCAGCGCUUCUGAUGACUAUGAUACUGACGAUGAGGACGAUGCCGAAGAGGAGCAAGAAGUAGUAGAAGAAGGCACAACAGUGGAGGCGGCUCAAGAUGUGACUGAAGAGAGCGAGGCAGAUGGCAGUUCCUAGGUGAGGAGGUGUAGAUCUACAAAUUUUUAUUUCUUAUUUGUUAUGUUACCCUUGGGUGAGCACGAAUUGUUCGGGAAUUACCUCCCUAACGAGGAAGCCUUUUGUCUGCUUUUAUUCUAAGUUGAUAAUGUUCUCUCACUAAAGCAGUAUAUUAUAUUUCCAAACUUACAUAAGUACAUGUUGUCAAUUAUCAGGUUUCAACUUCUGCA